AUGGCGCUAGAUUUUAUGUUUCCACGUGCAAAACGGAUUGGUGAAUUCUCAACGAAAAACCUCCCUGAAACAGGCCUUGUUCACCUUAAAGCAAGCGAUGAAGAAGUGGGAAAAGCUCCUCAAGCUUUCGACAGUGCGACGCUGGUUAAAACUGAUGAGAGUCGACCGUUGAAAGACAUUUCGGCUGAGCGAAAAUCUGUGCAAAGCUUGCUCCCAUCGAAAUAUCAAUUGAUGGAACUUGGAGAAGAGAAGAUUAUUAUCCCUAAAGAUUCACUGAAGAGUCGACUGAGGAAAGUGAUGAAAUUCGCCGAACAAAUCAACAACGUCAGAUCUGAAGAGUCAGAAGAUGAUGGGCAUUUGGUGGAAAAGAUCGAAGGAAAACCCGAACCGAAACGCGUGAAACCCCGUCUCGUUUCAUUCACUUCGACAAAUCGAAGGCUUGCCUCAUUGAAUAAACGAGGAAAAGAUCGUGCUUUCAAGAUUCGACCGAAUGAAGAUCAAGAGGAUUUCCAGCAAAUCAAAGCCAAACCGAAAAAGUGGAUUCUCACGGAAUCGAGAGAGAAAUCAUUUGAAAGGACGAAAAACCAUGAAGAUUUCGAUCCGUGGAUGAAU